UUUUUGAUCUCAUAUAUAGCAGGUAUAAGCUAGUCACUUAACAAAAUAAAGCAUAAUUCUGUAAUCAACGCUGCAACGGGUUCAGGCCGCUGUAUCUGGCAAAAAUAUUUAAAUUUAUUGUUUAGUUGCUGGGCUGUGCUUGUCAUUCAUUGUUUCUGGGCAACAGAUUCUAAAAUAGAUUUUGAGGCAGAAGAUAUUGAAGGUGAUCUGGUAAAAGAAGUUUGAAUUAAUUGCACACAUAUAUAAGCAGGUGACUCACAAGAAGUGCCUUUGCACAGGAAUCAACGGUCAUCAAAUAUUUUUAAUCAUUACAGAAACCUCCAAAUAAACUAUUCCCGCAGGAAAUCCUCCAAUUCUACUGUUCAGAGCAGAAAGCUUUCAGGAACUUCUGAACUUUCACAGCAAUCUGGUAUUACCUUCACAGCAUAUACCCAUAGACCAUCAUUUGAUUCUUGUCCUGCAGUUCAAAUUCCCACAACCCUGGAUCCCAUUGAAUCAUCAACAAGUGGUGCCAUAAUAUCUCAGAAUGAAGGUAGAUAUUCCGAACCUGAAUUGGCAGAAUUAAAAGGAGGAGGAAGCGAGGUUCAACAAAUUCCUCAGAGUUCAAGCGUUUCUGGUGACAUCGGAUAUAUACAAACUGACAGUAUGACUGAGAUUUCACCAGGAUUAUCCCGCUCAGAUGAAAUGAUGGAUCUCACUGGGGAGUCGGAUGAACAUUUUCAGAGUGGAAUGAUUGACAGAUUGAGUUUAGAUGGUGAUGAUGUUCAUGAAAUGCCAGAUGAUCUUGAUAUCACAGAGGAAAAUCAAGUUUUUGCACUUUUUAUGAAAGAUCAUAGAUGUUAUGACCUUAUUCCCACUAGUUCGAAGCUUGUCGUAUUUGAUACAAAAUUACCAGUGAAAAAGGCCUUCUUUGCACUUGUAGCGAAUGGUCUGCGUGCAGCUCCACUGUGGAACAGUGAACGCCGCGAUUUUCUCGGAAUGUUAACAAUAACAGAUUUUAUUAAUAUAUUAAAAACUUAUUAUAAGUCACCUCUCGUUAAAAUGCAUGAGCUCGAAAAGCAUAAGAUUGAAACAUGGAGAGAUGUUCUACAUAGCAGAAAACUUGUGAGCAUUGGUCCAGAAGCAAGUUUAUUCCAUGGAUUGAAAAUUUUGGUCCAAAACAAGAUUCAUCGUUUGCCAGUCAUCGAACCAAAGAGCGGAAAUCCAUUGUAUAUAUUAACGCACAAGAGGCUCCUUAAGUUUCUUUAUUUGUUUAUGAAAGAUAUGCCAAUGCCAUCAUUCAUGCACAAAUCCUUGGAAGAACUGAGAGUUGGAACCUAUGAAAAUAUUAUAACAGUUACUGAAGACACUCCUGUUAUAAGAGCUUUGGUACAUUUUGUUGAUCACAGAGUCUCAGCUUUACCAGUGCUCGAUGAAUCUGGAAAAGUUGUUGAUGUCUAUGCCAAGUUUGACGUUAUUAAUUUGGCAGCUCAACGCUCUUACAACAACCUCGAUGUCACAGUGAAACAAGCAUUGAGUCAUCGUCAAAAAAGGGCGCCUGGUGGCGUUUUACGAUGUUUUUUAUCAGAUUCACUACUUACAAUCGUCAAAAGAGUUGUUGAUGCAGAGGUUCAUCGACUGGUUGUGGUUGAUCAGGAAGAUAGGGUCAUUGGAAUUGUAUCAUUGUCAGACAUGUUAUCUCGUAUGGUACUGAAACCAUUUCAAGACUAAAAACAUUGACAUUUUUCAAUGAAUUUCGUUUUGAAAACUUGACUUCACGAUGUUUCAAUUCACAUGCACUUCACUUAAAUCGAUGGCCAAUUGAAUCAAAAAUCUUUUAUGUUUAAAUUUUGAUUCUGAUUUGCAUUAGAUACCUCUGCCAUUCUUUCAUGAUUCUUUUAUUGUAGCAUACUCAAGAGUAGUACUGAGCUACGUUAUAUGUGAUGGCAUUUGUCUACUAUAAAUUUGUUCUGCAGCAAAAUUGGAGUAGAUACCUAUACUCUUUGCCUGGGGGGAUUGGAGAAGACAUUGUCGAAAAAUACUUAUAUAACUUGGAAUUGUUUAAUUUUGUAUCACAGUAUAAAUAUUGGAGUCUAAAAAGAUUUUGAUAUAUUUGAAAUUGUUAUACCGUCUCCACGUGUCAUUAUUUAUAUAUAUAUAUAUAUCAAAAUUAUAGGAAUUGAGAUUUUUGCAGCUUAUAUUCGCAAUAUUGCGAAAUCUAUGUAUCAUUCUCAUAUGUCGCAUCUGCCUGAAAUUGAAUGAUUAAUUAUUGUUAAUUUUUAUAACAUUUUAUCCAACUUGAAAUUUGCUCAUGUUCGAUAUAAUUUAGACUCUGAUGUUUUCUAACAUUUCGUAUGCAUGUUUGUUUUCUGUUGAAAAGUGUAGUUUUGAGAAUAAUAACCUUUAAAUUAUUCAAGCACAGCAUGCCAAGAACGUUAUUCUAUAUUCCAGACAUGAAGAUAGUAUAUCUCCUUUUUAGGUUUGGAUAAGUUCUCUGAGUGUCUAUUUUUUUUUUCAAUCAUCUAAUAGAAACAUUGAAUUGCAAGGUCGUUUAGUUCAAGUUGUGUUCAGGAAACUAUUCAAACCUUUUUUUUGUAUGUCCAAAUACCAGAUGACACAACAAUAUAUUUAGCAGGUGAUUCAUUCAUUGUUAUGUCAUAUGUAAUGUUAGUUUUUGAACAAAAUAAAAAAUGGACCUUUUUAUCUGGUUGAUUGUUAAGCCUGCAUGACUGAAAAGUAUUGAAACUUCAUUGUCUUUUCAUCUAUGUCGUCUCAUCACAUUGAAUAGUCUUUUUUGAGAAAAUGUCUUUUAUUUUACUUUAAAAAGAAAAUAAUAUCAACUAAUUUCUAGUCCCAAUCGUAUUCUAUUACAGAUUUUCUUGUGUCAUUAUUUAUAUGAUUUCAAGUUGUCGCAGUAGUUGAAUGUUUAACAUAACCCAUAUUUUUUGCUUAUUUUAUAACGUUUUUUUAUUCACUAGUCAAUGUUUCAUGGUUUGCACUGCGGCUUUGAAAAGUCCUAUCACUUGGAAUAUAUUGAUCAUUUUUAACUUAA